UUUGGCUCUCCUUUUGUGACGUAAUUACCAGUCGACGGGGUCUCUGUGUGUCUCCGGUUUUAGCUUUCAGCGACACACAACACCAGCACUGAAAGAAAUGGCAAGCCCUGGAUUUUUCUACAUUCAUAACAUGGCGUUUCUACUUUCAUGCGUGAUCAUUGCGGCGUUUUUUGCGGCUGAAGCUUCAACUGAGAAGACGAAGACAGUGGAGUUCAAUGUGAAACCAGGAGGAGUAGUGCACAGUUUCACGGAGGGAGUUGGGGAUCAUGAGUGCACCUUCACCUAUGCUUCACAAGGGGGCACCAAUGAGCAAUGGCUGAUGAGUGUUGGUCUGAGUGACGACGACACGCUCUUUUCCUGUUCGGUGUGGAGGCCUCAGGGGAAGUCGUACCUGUUUUUCACUCAGUUCAAAGCCGAGCUUAAAGGAACCAGAAUUGAAUAUGCCAGCGCAUAUUCCCAGAUAGCAGCAGGAGGACAGAGCGACGUGCCUCUGAAGCCGGAGGAGUUUACCGUCAGAGAAUCAACAGUGAUCCACAAUGAUGGGAAGUUCAACGCCCAGCUCUCCAAACUGACCGCCAUUGGACGGACGCAACACGACGAGCUUUAACUGCUCAGAAGUCCGACGCUGCUUCGACCAAUCGCAGCCUUUGCUGAACUCUGGGAGGGAAGCGAAUAAUGAAAGAGGAACUUUAUUCUGGAGGGACAACUGAAGGCUGAGGCUGGACGCAGAAAAAUAUCUAGCACCUUUUUUUUUUUUUAACUUUUAGAUUAAAACACAGGAAGAAAUUUCUGAUCUGUUCAAAUGUUUUUUCUUUUGUUUAUCUUUGUGAAAUUGAUUUUGGGUAGGAUAUGUGCGUGAAUGUAAACGGUGGAGGAUUGGUGUCUCGGGGGAUUUCCUAGUAAAGACAGGGCAGCACAUUUAGACUAUCCGUGGAUUUUUCCAUCUCCUGUAAUCCCGGGAGGAAAGCGAGUAAUCCUCGGGAUCGUAAUGCAAACACACAAACGAGUUUAGAUUCCUCAAAGAAGGAAAGCAGAACCCCAGUCUGCGUUUACGGUUUUUUAUCUGCAGAAAACUUUGAUCUGGGCUUGUUUUUCUGGGUCUUCUUUGCUUGAUGUUACAGUCGAUCAGUCUUUUUGUUGUUUUGAAUCUAAAUUUUAGGACAGAUUUCGAUUUCAGUUUGAAGUUUUCCUCCCUAUACUCUCAUUUCAUGGAACCCCGCUGAAACCUAAAGCCCAAAUACUGGAGGACAGAGCAUGCACAGGCAUUUGGAUGAUAAUGCAGGGGGGCCAUAUAUUAGAUAUGCCAGCACAUAUAUUCCCCCGGCUCUCCUGAAGCCUCUGCUUUCAUCUUUUAUUGCCACAGAAGGGGGAUCAGUGAAAAUACCAUGCAGGUUUCUGAACUUCUUCAUUAUCACUUGUCUCUCCGCCCCUCCCGCCAUAGCUGCUCUCUUAUGUGGAGAGCACGGCUGCUUUAUCCAGCUGACAUUGAUCCAGCCCUCUAACAACACCAGUGUCCAAGGAUUGAAUUCAGAUUUGAGGAUUUUGGUGCCGUUAUUCCAGUGUGGACCGUGUUGGUUCCUCUCCAGGAAAGAGAAAAACCUCCAAAUCCCGACUCAAAGUGGAGAAAACACACAUGAUGUUACUCGUUUUCUUCUUCCACCUGUUGCCGUUCCGAUUCAUGAUGAAAUGUGACGGGUGUUCCAAUAAAGACGUGUUGUCACUGCC